AUGCCGAAUCGCAAACGGGCCGCUGGUUCUCCUGCGGCCAAGAAACCAGACACGGUCAGGAAGAAACCAGAGCGCGAGCGGCGUCAACUGGUCCGCUGGGAUCCCGACCUGGACAUUCUGCUUCUGUUGACUGUCCAGCAAUCUUGCAAUGCCACCGGCGUGAAGAUUCCAUGGCAACUGGUUGCUCAAACCAUGGGGCCAAAGUUUACCGAAGGUGCCAUUAUUCAGCACCUGUCCAAGCUUCGUCUCCGGCGCGAUAGUGACGAGAAGCCAAACCCUCCCCCACUUCGCCGGUCUGUUCCAGCGGCGGGUUCUGGCAUCAGAAACAUUGCCAAAAAGAAGGCCGCUGCCAAGAAAGAGGCUAUCAAUGCUGGAGAAUUUCCGAAUGAAAUGGCUGUGGAAGAGGACGAAGAGGGCACUUUCUCAAGUAGCGAGGACGAUGACCCUUCUUGGUCUCAGUCUGGAAACCAGAAGCGAAAUUCUGCGAAGCGUGUCAAGGCCCACAAGAAAAGCAAAGGAUUCAAGGCCAGCACUCCAGAAGAUGAUGCCCAAGUAACAGGUGACCUCCGGUGCGUUGGUGCCUCUUUUCUUAGACUAGAGGGCGACAAUGACACGGAAAUUGUUACCGACAGUGACGAUGAAACGGAUGAGGAGUUAGAAGAUGGCAGAGUGUCAAUUAAGCAGAAGCAUCGAAUUCUCAGCCUGCCCAUUAGCCCUGAGGCUCUCCACCGACUAGAGAACUCUGGCUCUGUGGCACACACCCGCAGCACUGAAAUGACUCCCGAUCUGACCCCAAGCGAUAACAAUAGCCAGCCUAUUUUUUCCUCUCCUCCCCCCAACUGGGGAACACCGCAGCACCAAGUUCCACUGAGCCCAUAUCAACCCAACUUCCGAGUGGGCCCCUCGCCUUAUGCGGGUGGCUACGCAGAUCCAUCAUAUAGUCCGAUAUUCGUGCCGCCUCCUCCUUCUCACCCAUACUUCGUCCCCCAGCCCGGUUACCCAGGCAGACAGCCCGCUGUCCCCACGCGACCUCCGGUCAUGCCUCAUCCAGCAAUGCAAAAUUCUCUUGACCCAUCUUUGUACAAUGAGGCAAGUAGUCAUGGCUGGAUUCAGGCGCCUGCACCUACCUUCGGUCAGCACAACACUCUUGGGGGUGCUCAUGUCAACAAUAAUCUCCCCUGGGAUGGUACCAUGGAAACAAUUCAGACUUCUUCUUGGCGUUUACAAGAACAAGAUCUGGAGGGGUCGCCAGAAUUUGAGGCCAAGGAGGAGAUCUAG